CAGCUCAGAAUGGCCGCUCUGCGCACAGCAUGUUUGGGGCUGGUCCUGCUGGGGGUCCUGGGCAGCCUGCAAACCCCAGCCCAGGCCCAGGUGUCUGUGCAGCCUGACUUCCAGCAGGACAAGUUCCUGGGGCGCUGGUUCAGCGUGGGCCUCGCGUCCAACGCGAGCUGGUUCCUGGAGAAGAAGGCGGUGCUGUCCACGUGCAAGACCAUGGUAGUCCCGACCGAGGACAGCGACCUUAACCUCACCUCCACAUUCCUCAGGAAGAACCAGUGUGAGACCCGGACCAUGCUGCUGCGGCGCGCGGGGACCCCCGGCUCCUACAGCUACAGGAGCCCCCACUGGGGCAGCACCUACUCCGUGUCCGUGGUAGAGACCAACUACGAGGAGUACGCCCUGCUGUUCACCCAGGGCGCCAAGGGCCCGGGCCAGGAGUUCCGCAUGGCGGCCCUCUACAGCCGAGCACUGGCCCCGCUGAAAGCAGAGUUACAGGAGAAAUUCAGCGCAUUUUGCAAGUCCCAGGGCUUCACAGAAGAUUCCAUUGUCUUCCUGCCCCAAACUGACAAGUGCAUGAAGCAGCAAGAGUAGGUGACCAGCCAUGUUCUGGUCCUCCGUGCUGCUGUCCUGAUGCCAGCCCGCUUCCCACAGAGGCCUCUGCGGCCCUGCCCUACCCCUGGCCCUGCAAUAAACUCCUGAAGCAAGUCCCA